AUGAGUGAGCAGAUGGCUGUGUGUGAGGCCAAGUGUCCUGCCCCUCCGGAGGCUCCCAGAGUUAGUCCUUGUGCUGGGCCCCGGGUCUCUCACUGGCAGAAUGGAGUUCUCCGAGCUGACGCUGUGUGUCACUGGCCACCACCUGCUGCUGUCGCGGGGGAGGGAGGGCAUCGUCUCGGGACCUGUGACUGCUGUUGCUUAGCAUCAAGAAGCGGUGAGACGUGGCGGGGGCGUCCCCGGAGUUGGGGAGCGCGCGACUCGGCGAGGGUUGCAGGUGACUCUGGCACCAUCACCCUGCGCUGUAAGGACCUGCGGGUGCUGCAGCUGGAAAUAGAGGACUGGGAAGCGACGCUGGACAUCGCCCGCUCCAUCGAGGCGCUGUCUUCCCUGGAAUUGGCCAUCACCUCCUGCUCGUUCUUCUACCAUCCCAACUGCCUGAGACUGGACGACUCCUGGCACUUUCUUUCGCCCGAACGCUACUACAAGCGAGUAGCUCUUGAGGUGGGCGCGGUCGUGGAGGCCCGCGGAGGUGGAAGCUGGGCCCGGAAGAGGCGCGGGAAGAGGCGCAGGGACAGGGCACUCCCUGGGUGCCCUAGACCUGGCCUCUCUCCUCCCUGCGCCGCAGACCAACGCGUGACGGCUGAGCGAGCCCCUGACCGGUACCCAGAAGAGGCCCAGCGAGGAGGACCAGGAGCUGCUGCGAGCUGUGCUAGUGGGGGCUUGCCCUAGUUCUCGGGGCUUCAUCGUGGACACGUGCUCAGCCCAGGCCUCAAAACAGACCCGCGUGACUGGCGGAGGCACUUAGGCCAAGGUUGCACCGGCCCCCUGGAGAGGUAGGGGGCCUCCCACCCUCUCCCAGGUCCUCUCCUGCAGGGCUCUAUGAAUGUACAUAUGUGAGUGUGUGUUGGGGUGAGGGGGUCCGCCAGGAACCUUGAAGACUCAAGCCUUUCCUGGUGUCAUCCCUCGAUGUGGGCCUCCCUACUUGUACACCACCACCAAGAGAGCUCCUUACUCUCUAGGCACCCCAACUUUGCCUGGGAAGAAAAAGCACCUCUUUACAUUAAACUGAAAUGUCUUCCUGGAACAGCCUCUGCCUACACACAUGCACCCCUCCCUGAGUUCUGCACCUGCACAGACAUAAUCUGGUCCCUCUGUCUCCAGGUGAUGGCAAUGCCAAGAAGUCCUGAGGGAGUUUUGUGCUUUGAGGAGAGUAGACUGCUUCUCUACCCAAAAUACACAACUCUGUAUUCAUUCAUUU